GCCCACUUUCUCAUGUUCGGUGCUCAAGUGUUUGCGGUCGUCGCUUCUCUCCUAUUCUUCGGAGAUUUUUGCAUCGCAACAUCGAGAGGAGUCGCAUAUGAAAAAUCGACCUUUUCAACAGUUGUUUAUCCAAGGGCACGUCGGGAUGAUACGAUUAUUGAAGACUUCCAUGGCACUAAGGUUGCCGACCCGUACCGUUGGUUGGAAAACCCCGAUGCUCCAGAAACUCGUAGAUUUGUAUACGAGCUUAAUGCUAUUUCCAGACCAUUUUUCAAUGCUGCACCAAGUCGCAACCAAAUAAGAGCAAAGCUAAAUACAUUAUUCAACUACGAGAAGUUUUGGUGUCCGAUCAAAUAUGGGAGGUACUACUACUACAGCCACAACACUGGAUCACAAAACCAGAAUGUCAUUUAUCGGCGUCUCACGCUUAAAGACAAAGGUGAAGUCUUCUUGGACCCAAAUGCGAUAUCCUGGGAUGGCAGCGUUUCGAUCAGUUUACAAGCCUGGACGGAGGAUGGUUCAAUUUUUGCUUACGGGCUUAGUGAAAAAGGCAGUGACUGGAUCACAGUAAAGUUCCGAGAUGUCAAUAAACGUGACCUGCGCGACGUUAUUCAAGGAGUGCAGCAGUCUGAACUUGCUUGGUUGAGAGAUAACUCCGGAAUUUUUUACAGCAAGUAUCCUAAUUACAAGGGAACCUCUGUGGAAAGAAAUGAAUACCAUAGCCUUUAUUUUCACUCAAUGGGAACCGAUUCUAGUAACGAUGUGAUUGUCUACGACAUGAGGAAACAACCAGGCUAUAAAAUUGACGCUACAGUUUCGACAGAUGGAAGAUAUCUGAUUAUUUCUGUGGAUGGCGGUGCUGCAGAAUCCAACAAUUUGUAUUACUAUGAAUUGUCCAACUUCAAACCCGCUCUUGGAAAAAUCGUUCCCAAGCCACUAUUUGAUAAGCUCGAUGCAAAAUACACAUACAUUGACAACGACGGCGACACUAUGGUCAUUCUAACGAACAAGGACGCGCCAAACUUCAAACUAAUCAGAAUUUCUCUGAAAAACCACAGUGCUUCGGACUUGAUACCAGAGAGUAAAAGAAGGAUACUGGAUGACGCUGUAGCAGUUGCGGGCCAACUUCUGCUCGUAGCUUACAUUGCAAAUGUCAAACACGUCUUACAAGUUCAUGACUCGAGAAGUGGAUCCCUAGUAUUCACCUUACCGCCUCGCGGAGGAACAGUCAAAGAGAUAUCGGCAAAGAAAACUAGCAGCGAAGUGUUUAUCAGCUUCGAAUCUUUUAUUGAACCCAAGACUGUUUAUCGCAUUGAUCUUGCUUCCCGCAAGGGGAAGCGUCUUCCAGCGUUGCAAGAAAUAUGGCGAAGUCGGUUCAAUGGGCUGGAUAAGAGUGACUUCAUGGUGCAACAAGUAUUUUAUAAGAGCAAAGAUUCAACUGUGGUACCUAUGUACAUCGUUUCGGAAAGAAGUUUGACAAGAAAUGGUGACAUACCAGUUCUACUGAGAGGAUAUGGAGGGUUUUCCACUUCUGUUAUGCCUCACAUAUCUUACGAUAUCUUGUUUGUGAAAUACUUCAAAGGAAUUGUUGCUUCUGCUAAUAUUCGCGGUGGAGGAGAAUAUGGGGAAAACUGGCACAAAGGUGGAAUUCGAGGAAAUAAACAAAACGCGGUUGACGAUUUCAUUUCCGCAGCGGAAUUUCUCAUCAACAAUAGCUACACUAGAAGCAAAAAACUAGCCAUAGCCGGCUCUUCGAAUGGAGGCUUACUGGUUGCAAUAUGUGCACAACAGCGCCCUGAACUCUUUGGCGCUGUUGUGGGUAAUGUAGGACUUUUUGACAUGUUACGUUAUCACAAGUUUACCUCGGGAGCGUAUUGGAAGACUGAAUAUGGAGACCCAGACUAUGCGAAGGAUUUCAAGUAUAUAUACAAAUACUCUCCCCUGCACAACAUCCGAUAUCCAAUGAGUGGUCAAUGGCCUGCUACUUUGAUGAUGACAGCGGACCAUGACGAUCGUGUGGUACCCAGUCAUACGUUAAAAUAUGCUGCAACGCUCUAUAACAUGGUAAAAGAACAUCCAGAACAGACCAAUCCCAUAUUGUUUCGUAUAGACCAAAAUUCCGGUCACGGGAAAGGAAAGUCUGCAGCUAAGAUGGUUGCCGAAACAGUAGAUGUCUAUAGUUUUCUCCAGAGAGUGUUGCAAUUGAGAUGGACCGAAUAA